CCUGUUGGAGGACUUCAGCCACCCUGUCUUCUCCAGCAAAGUCAACCGGUUGGUCCAUGGGAAGCCCAAAGGAGGUGCUGCAGGGGCCCCUGUUCGGAUUCUGGGCAUGGCUUCUCUGCGGGAUCGCAACAGGGGCGGCGCUCCCAGUGACCACCGAACAGCCAGUCAUUCAAGAUGACUACAGCACCCCAAAUUUUCCAGCCACAGUGGCGUUCACCGACUAUUUUGAGCCGACUCUGCCCACAACCACGGAGGAAGAUUUUGACUUUCCAGAUGAAACCACCUUCCCUUCCGAGACGAAUGGGGAGACCCCUGAUGCUGUUGGAGAAGGGGAGACGUCAAGUCCUGGAGAACUUCCGAAGUCUAGGUUGGCCUCCGGCGAAGGUGGUUCUGGUCCCCUUAUCACCACACCCAAGACCUUCAAAAUCCCAGAAGAUCUCAAGGAGACCUCAGAAGUCCCUUCUGUUGACAAGAGGGUCUUGAGUCAAGUCAACUCUUCGGAGCCAACUUUGGAAAAAGUGACUCUCGAAGGAGACCCUCUUGCUGAAUCCCAGGAAGCAUCAAAGGAAACGCCGGCUCCAGUUUUGGAUGAAGGCCAUCAAGCCACCGAGCUAAUCACGGAGAGAUACUCUGGCGUAACAGAUGCUCCUGUGACUGUGCUUGCAACCCAGGUGGAAGACCUGUUAGCAUCUCCCUCUGGAGAAGAGGCCCAGAUUGAAAUUUCCAGCGAAAGGCCUCCAGAAGGAGAGAACCCUUGGGAGAACCUUCCUGGAGAACCAAAUCUGGAUGACGAAUUGAAGCCCAUCUCAACUUCAUGGGAAGAAACUGAAGCUGCUCCUUUAGAGGCAAAGGAAGACACCCCAGAACCAUCCACAAAUGAGAAUGGGACAUUAGAGGACCCAUCCUCAAAUUCCACAAUUUUCCCUAGCACCCCAGAAGACCUGUCUGAAACAAGAGAAGAUGCUGGAAGCCUCCUUUCACCGUCUUCAGAAGAUAGCCCUGAGACACCACAGUCAAUAUUUUCAACAGUGUUCCCUUCCAUUUGGCCAUCCCUCACCCAUGCAAUCUUUGGAUCUCCAGAGACCAGUGACUUUGCCGUAGACUCCCUUCAACCAUCUUCUGCUAGUGUGGAAGGAAGAGGUGACGCAGCUCCAAUUCCAUCUUCAUCAGGCCCAGAGCUUAAUCAUGAAAGCCCUGUCAACGUGUCCAGUGAAGAACCAGAAGACCUUAUAGAUGCUGAAGCAUCAAAUUCCUCUCCUUCAGAUAGAACAACUGAUGCUCCAUCUGACUCAGGGCUUCCCCGUGACACCCUCUUCAGGACUUCACAAUUGGACGCAGCAGAUAUUCCUUUGAUGGGACUUUCUGUAACUCCAGGGAUAUCUUCUCAGUUGCCUAAAGAUGGUGAGAUAGGGACAACCUCCACAGUGAAAGGAGAAGGAGAAGAAGACUCAGGAAACCCAAAGAGCAAUGAAGGGACACCUUUUGUGUCACCACUUCCAGGUCAAGAGUCUGCCCAAGGACCCGCGAUACCAGAUGGAGAAAGAUCUGAAGAUCUCCUCAAUGGCACAGCUUCCUCCUUGAAUCCUGGAGUGGAAACAGCUAAUUCAGAGUUGGAAGAUAAUGAGGCAACUGCCAUCUCAAAUAGUGUUCCUGAGGAUGAAAUAAAUCCCAUCUCUUCAGAUUCUGAAAAUGAAUCAGAGACUUUGUUUGAUAGGAUGGUGACUUCUCCUCCACGGGUGGACAAUGACGGAGCUGACAAGGCUCAAGAACCACCUGCAGAAAUUCAAGGGCCACCUACAGAAGCUUCAGUUCCUGCAUCUGCUAACAAACUAUCUUCUGAGACAGAAGGAAACGAGGUCUCGCCCAGUGGAUCACCUGGAAAUAUUAGUUCUUCUUCUUCUGAAAACAAUGAAACUAUCCCAAGUGUUGCUUCAGGUGAGGUAGACACACAAGCCAACAAUGAAGAUCAUAGAGGGUCAGAUCUGUUACCCCCUGAUACAGGACUCUCUUCAAUUUCUGGAACCCCACUGCCUGUGGGAAGAUCAGGGACCUUGGAUGAUCAAUUGUCUCCAAGUCAGUCACUUGUAGAGAAUGCACUAACAUCUGGUUCCAGUUCUUCCUCAGAGGGAGAACCUACCUAUCCUUCAACAUCUCCUGAUGAAGCACUUUCUGGAUCCCUCAUUUCAGAACCAGACACAACAGAACUUCCACCCAAUUUGUUACCUGGUUCCCAACCAUCUUCUCAACUACCAAAAGGGAACGAGAUAGAAACAGAUUCAGGGGAUGUAGAAGAUUCUCCUCCUCCUCCUCCUGCGGUGGACGAUGAAGGAGCUGCUGAGGCUCAAGGACCACCUGUAGAAGCUUCAUCUUCUGGAUCUACCAACGAACCAUCCUCAGAUACAGAAGGAAGCGAGGUCUCGCCCAGUGGAUCAGCUGGAAAUAUUAGUUCUUCUUCUUCUGAAAACAGUGAAACCACCCCAAGUCUUGCUUCAGAUGAGGUAGACACACAAGCCAACAAUGAAAGUCAGAGCGGGUCAAAUCUUUCACCUUCUGAUACAGAGCUCUCUUCAAUUUCUGGAACCCCACUGCCAAAUUUUUCCCAACUACCAAAGGAAGAUGACAUGGAAACACACUCAGGGGAUCCAGAAGACCCUGUUCCCAUCAACAGAGAGAAAACCUCUUCUGCUCCGUCCACCCUAAACCCUCAGUCAGCACUUGAAGAAGCUACUGAGGAACCAAACUUUUCUGAGCCAAUUUUAUCUCCUGAAGAAAAGAGAACUGGAUCUACCUCAGAGCAAGGAGUUAAUGAGGAACCACUUCUAGAUAGUGACAAUACCCAGGACACAGCCAAUACCCCACCUUAUGAGCAAUAUCUAGAUUCUGAAGAUGCACUGGAAACCAGUGCACUAAGCUCUGGAGGUGAACCAGCUGUAAAAUCUGGAACAAUUUCUCCCCUUGUAGACACUGAGACAUCAACCAAAACUCAAGAACCUUCAGGAGAAACGCCCUCUUCUGCAUCUAGUGAGGGUAUACUUUCCAAGUUGGAGCAUGAAGAUGGAGAAUCCUCCCCAGGUAUAUCAUCCAAAACUCUUGAUUCUUCUCCAAUCUGGGAAGCUGUAGAUGAAAGUAGAGAUGGAGAAGAUGGCGCAGGGUCAGCUUCAUCAGCCAAAACAGCCAUUACAGUGAGCGACGACGGUCAGCCUGGAAGUGACUUUCCUGUGGGACAAUUAGUAACUUCACCCAUUGGAGGAAUUUUAGCUCUGGCGCCUCUAGAAGAUGGAGAGACCGUGGUGACAAAUGAAGAGCCCCCACCAGCCCUUCCAAACGCAAAUGUAGAGACCUUUGUUUCAGCCUCAGUCUUAAGAAAAGACGCUCCACUGGAAACAGAAGCAGUAUCUUCUGUAAUGCCACAAUCGGAUUCUUCCACUGAAGGAACGGAAAAUUCUGCCUCUGAGCCGCCAGCGGUGGGUUCUCAACCAUCUCCAGAUGCUGAAGCAGCCCCUGAACUUUCUAAAGAGACAGAACAACUACAAACAUCUGCAGCUAGUGAGAAGGAAUUACCUUUGGCUUCAUCCUCCACAGAGUCCCAAGAACAUACAACCUCAGAAAAUGGUGGGUUUUCUGGAGCACUCACCAAAGGAAGUCCUGCCCUCCAAGGUGAAGUGGCAGGAACUGCGAAUUCACCGCCCGCAAUGGACAAGGCCUCUCAGUUCCUUCCAGAAAGUGUAGCUCCUUCGGAUGGAGCAGAAGAUUCAGAAGACAUCACCAAUACGUCUAAAACAUCUACCAGUGAAGAGGAUACUGGAGGACGUAGUGGUGGAGAAUUCUCCCUGAAUAAUAAUGGGACUGAAACAACCACGGUGGAGCCAGCAAAGAAUGCAGGAUCUCAGUUACCUCCUGAGAUAUCAGAAGAUCCCUCAGGUGUAAAUGGGAAGGAAGGCUCUUUGAUCCCAUCAGCUGCAGGGUCACAUUCAACUUCUACUUCUACUGAAGAAGUGGAAAUUGCCAGCUCAGAAUCCGGGACCCACCCAGAUUCUCAACCAUCUCUAGAUGGUGCAUCAACAACCGAGGUUCAAGAUUCUGAGAGCGUAGAAGCUGCAGACGAUACUUCCAAUAAUGGGGAGAAAGUGUCUUUGACCUCAUCAGCCACCACAUCACAAUUUCCAGGAAUAUCAGUUAGUGAGGACAUUUUUGGAGAAACAGGUCAUGGGGGAUCUUCUCUCCCUGCUGAAGAGUUGGAAACCACUAGCUCAGGGUCAACAAAUAAUUCAGAAACUCCGUCACCUGUGGCUGGUGGAACCACUGAACUAUCUGGUAUGUCCAACAGCGUGGACCAAUUGGAAAGUUCUCCUUCUGCAAAUGAGGAAGACACUUCUUUAGGUUCACCACCUACAGAGUCAUCAACAGCACUAGAAGGUCAAGAGGUCUCUGGAAAACCUAGCAAUGGAGAUGGGACGGAAACAGCCAAUUCAAAACCAGCAACUAAUGCAGAACCUCAGUCAUCUCCAAAUGACGUUGGAUCAGGUGGAGGAUCUGCAACUUCUGAAGAGGCAGGAACAUCACAGGUUUCAGGUGUGACUGAGAAGGAAGGGACUUUGACUGCCUCUGCUGUGGAAUCACCAGCCAUCUCUUCUUCCAGUGAAGAAGCUGAAACUAACAACACAGCCACGAACGCAGACUCCCAACUGCCUCCAGAUGGAGACUCAGCAGCAGGGACUCCAUCUCCUGAUAGUGCAGAGAUAUCAAAAGCAUCUUCCAGUGGGGAAAAGGGAUCUUUGUCUCAAUCCACUGCAGAAUCACUAGGAGAUUCAUUGUCCGUCGAAGAGGUGGGAACUGCCAGCAGAAAGUCCACAAUUGACGUAGGAUCUCAGCUAUCAGCAGAUGGAACAUCACCAGAGGGUUCUCUUGCUUCUGAGGGAGCAGAACCAACAGAAAGCCACUCCAUUGCAAGUGUAGACAACGCUUCUUUGGUUCCACCAUCCACGGAAUUGCAAUUUCCAGAAACAUCUGCCAACGAUAACAUUCUUGGAGGACUUGAGAGUGGAGAACCCUCCUUAGUCCCAGGAGAGGAGAUAGCCAACUCAGGGUCAUCAAAUAAUGCAGGAUCUGAAUCAGAAUCAUCUCAAACAUCUCCAGAUAGUGUAGCAACCGAAGGGGCUGAGCCCUCUGAAGACAAUUCAGUUGUAAGUGAGAAACAACUAUCCUUGGCUCCAUCGUCCACUGAACCACAAUCAGCUGGGGCAUCUGUCAGCGAAAAGGUUUCCGAAAACCUGGUUAAUGGAGAACCACCCCUCUCCACAGAUGGAGAGAAGGAUGCUGCCAACGUAGGAACAGCGGAUGCCCAAGGACCCACUUCUUCUACAGGAACGGGUCCGAAUCAAAACAAUAUAGCAGAGCAACCUGGACAAAAUUUGGAUGCGGUAGGCGGACAAUUUUCUGCUGACGGAGCCACGAUUUCUAAACCUUCAGAUGAAACUUUGAUUUCCACCUCAGUAUCUGUUGAUGGGAAUUUGGCCACCCAAGGAACGAGCCAGAGUUUCGGUGCUCCCGAUUCUUCUCAGCCCUCUUCAGAUAUCCAGGCAAAUAUUGGAAGUGCUGUGUCUUUGGCUGGACAUAUUUCUAAUGGUGAUACUUUUGGUGCCUCAGAUGACCCAACCGCAAAGGAAAAAGCAGAUGGAGAAGUUCUCCCAGAAGUCUCAGGGUGGACCUCUGAAGGGUCGGACACUGUCAGUGAGUCUGUCCACCCAUCUUCUGCUGAAGGAACCAAACCCGCAGCAGGUCAACCAUCAGGAGUGGCGUCUCCAUUGGCUUCGUUGCCUCCCAAAAAGAGCCUGGUCUUAAUAACCUCUGGUCUAGGUGCCCUGAAGGUAGGAAAGGUGGUUGAGAAAGGUUCAUCUCCCUCAACUCCAGAAGGAACCGGGAAAGUUGUCCAGUCAAUCUUGCCCAUUCUCCAGGAGAUAUCCACAGCUCUUUCGGCAGGUGAGGUGCAACCUUCUCUUUUGGACACAAAAGGAGGCCCAGCAAAGAUAUCAAAGUUGAUUUUAGGAAAACCAGGACUUCAAGGCAAAGUAGACGCCCCUCUCCUAUCCUCCAAGCUUGAAGUCCCAGCAAAGACUUCAGAGUUGGCUUCUGAGAAACCAGAACCUCAAGACAAAGCAGGUGUCCCUCUCUUCUUCUCCAAACCUGAAAUCCCAGCAAAGACAUCAAAGUUGGCUUCUGAGAAACCAGGACUUCAAGGCAAAGUAGAUGCCCCUCUCCUAUCUUCCAAGCUUGAAGUCCCAGCAAAGACUUCAAAGUUGGCUUCUGAGAAACCAGGACCUCAAGACAAAGCAGAUGUCUCUCUCCUCUCCUCCAAGCCCGAAAUCCCAGCAAAGACAUCAAAGUUGGCUUCUGGAAAACCAGGACUUCAAGGCAAAGUAGACGCCCCUCUCCUAUCUUCCAAGCUUGAAGUCCCAGCAAAGACUUCAAAGUUGGUUUCUGAGAAACCAGGACCUCAAGGCAAAGCAGAUGUCUCUCUCCUCUCCUCCAAGCCCGAAAUCCCAGCAAAGACAUCAAAAUUGGCUUCUGGAAAACCAGGACUUCAAGGCAAAGUAGACGCCUCUUUCCUGUCCUUCAAGACUGAAGCCCCAGUGGAGACAUCACAGUUACCUUCUGGAAAAUCAGGUCUUCAACUCAAAGGAGAUGCUCCUGUCCUGUCCUUCAAGACUGGAGCCCCAGUGGAGACAUCACAGUUACCUUCUGGAAAAUCAGGUCUUCAACUCAAAGGAGAUGCUCCUGUUCUGUCCUUCAAGACUGGAGCCCCAGUGGAGACAUCACAGUUACCUUCUGGAAAAUCAGGUCUUCAACUCAAAGGAGAUGCUCCUGUCCUGUCCUUCAAGACUGAAGCCCCAGUGGAGACAUCACAGUUACCUUCUGGAAAAUCAGCGCUUCAACUCAAAGGAGAUGCUCCUGUCCUGUCCUUCAAGACUGAAGCCCCAGUGGAGACAUCACAGUUACCUUCUGGAAAAUCAGGUCUUCAACUCAAAGGAGAUGCUCCUGUCCUGUCCUUCAAGACUGAAGCCCCAGUGGAGACAUCACAGUUACCUUCUGGAAAAUCAGCGCUUCAACUCAAAGGAGAUGCUCCUGUCCUGUCCUUCAAGACUGAGGCCCCAGUGGAGAUAUCACAGUUACCUUCUGGAAAAUCAGGUCUUCAGCUCAGAGGAGAUGCUCCUCUUCUGUCCUUCAACUCUGGUGUCCUAGCAAACUCUGAACACUCCCUUCCUGGGCAGCAGAAUUCUGCAUCUUCAGAGAGCUCUUCUGCUUCAGAGGAGAAGGAUGGGGACUCUACAAGUGUCCCUAGCUCUUCCGAAGAGCACCAGACUUUAAUUAAAGGUAAGGUGGCUCUUGACUUAAGCAAAACCCAACCGGACGAGCGUGAACCGGGCGUCCGUCUUGCCUUAUCAGGAGUGGGCCUACUAAAAUCCACAGAAUCCACCAGCAAAUCUGCAAGGAAGAAGUCCAAUCUGAAGAAAUCCAAAACCAGACCGGAUAAAAAUUCUGCCAUCAUUACUGGUGCACCAUCAGCAGUCUCCCUCUAUCCGUACGGAGACGGCGUCAACGACAAGCGGUACGUCGAAAGGAAAGUGGACUUUAACUCGCCCCUGUUCAAGCCCGAGAUCGGGAUCCCACUUGGAAACACGCUACACGACUCUCUUUACUUCACGGAUAAUGGGCAGAUCAUCUUCCCAGCCUCUGACAGAGAUAUUUCCAGCUAUCCCAAUCCCCCUCCUGGUGGUUUUAAUGGUCGUGAGAAAGUGCCAAUGGUGGCUGUGUUUUGGGACAACGCCGAUUUCUCCAAAGGGUCUGGCGUCAUCUUCUACCAGGAAUAUCCUUGCGGGAAUUCUGCCAGGCACCCGCUUGUCCAAGACGUGGAAGCAAAGAUUCGCCGAUACAUCAGGUCUUCCUAUAAAGCUCGGUGGUUGCUCAAGGUCACCUGGGACAAAGUCCAGCCUUAUCCCGGGCAGAAGAAGAGCGACAAGACGAACACCUACCAAGCCAUUCUCACCACAGACGGUUACCGAACCUACGCCCUGUUCCUUUACCAGGACGGAGGGAUGCAGUGGGACUACGCAAAGCUCCCAGCCCGCAACGUGCUGAUCGGGUACACCAGCGGUGAUGGCUAUUUCAAAAAUGAUCAUUUGAUGAUGGCAACACCAGCUGAGAAAUACCGGCCAGAUCGCUUCCAAGGUUACAAUACAGAUGUGCGUGGUUUGUGGGUAUAUAAACUGGACAGCCGCAUCCGUGUGAAUUACAGGCAGAAGUGUCUGGACUGGCUGAGUCACGAGAGAUUCCCGUCGGCCUGGAACAGGAACCUGCCCCCUUGCCCUUGUUCUCUGCAACAAGGGAUGUCGGACAGCCGCUACACAACCAGCCAAAAAGGGGGGCAGAACUUAGUCCUGCUGUAUUCGUCCCGUCCGAACAGUUACAGGGCCGGCGUCCGGUGUCUCUACGACAAAAAGGACCAGCUCCAAGAAGGCCGGCAAGAGAGAAUCUGGAAAUACUCAAGGAAAAAUUCCCCCAACAACGACGAAGAAUUGAAAUUGCAUGACUGGUGCUGUAACCAGGCCGGGAAUCCCCUCUUGUGUGACAAGUACGAUCAAAAGAGACCCAGGAUCGGUUGCCAAGGAUACAAGCCACCAAUCCAGGGUUGAUCCUCAUCUUCUUCCACCCGUUUACUGGCCAUAGAUCCUGGAUUUCCGCACCAGAAUAUUCACAAACAGCCUUUUCUCUGCGUUUCGCUCCUUUUUAAUGCUGGAACCAAACUGGAUGUCAGUCGUCAAACACUUCUGGACAAGCUUAGUUGACUUUGCUAAAUAAAACACCUCCAACUAAA